AUGAAAGUAGCUAUUAUUACAGGAGCCAAUCGAGGCAUCGGAAAGGGACUGGUAGAACGCUUUGCCCGCGAACUCAAGCCUUCCUCUGACUGGCACAUCUUCCUGACAGCACGGAACGAGAAACUUGGUCUAGAGGCAGUUAAAUCCCUCGAGGAGAAGGGCCUCUUCGUUAAGUUCCACCAAUUAGACAUCACUGAUUCAGGGAGUCGCGGACGACUGGUGCAGUUUAUUGAAAAAAACUACCCGGAUGGGAUACACAUUCUUGUCAACAAUGCUGGCAUUCUCAAUGAUAGUGGUCCUUCCUCUACGUACGGUGAUCGGGCAAAGACUACUAUGCUGGUGAACUACACAGGCAACGUAGAUAUGUGCAAGGAGUUUCUGCCCCUCAUGGCAACUGACUCAAGAUUGGUGAACAUGUGUACUGGUGAUCUUGUGUGGGCAUUCCAGGGCAUUAGUAAGGAGCUCUCGGAUCGUUUUAGGCACUCAAUGACUUUGGAGGAACUUGAUGAUAUUAUGGCGUCUUUCGUGAGUCACGCACAAAAGGGGGACCACAGGCAGGCCGGUUUCGUUCAAUCGGCCUAUGGCGUUUCAAAAUUGGGCCUCUACAAAGCCACUGUCAUUUUGGCUGAACAAAUGAAAUCAGAUCCUCGGCAUAUUCUUAUCAACUGUUGCUGCCCGGGAUAUGUGAGGACGGACAUGACAGGUUAUUGCGGCAACAAGACAAUCCCUGAGGGCGUGGACACACCCUUCUACUUAGCUACCCUACCGGUUGGGUGCACAGAACCCUACGGCGAAUUCAUCAGCGAACGAAAAGUCGUCGACCUCGAUCAACCUUUCUACUUCUAG